CUUAGUCAAACAAACGGCCUGACAGGACAUGGUCACGUCCUGUGUGAUUUUCUCUAACUUCUGUGUGUGUGGAGUGUUGGAAUAUAUCGAAAAGGAGGUUGUUGUUUGCCGAGCUACAAUACGAACAGGUGGUUAGUUGGAAAAUACCUUAUGAAGAAAGCGGCCGAUAAAGGAAGUUUGACAGGUUGCCGAUAAGCGUUGACUCAUCAACAAUGCCGUACCAUUGGCAGAGUCACAAUGUCAAGCGCAGUGGCGUGGAUGACAUGGUUCUUCUGGGGAAGAUCAACGAGGAGGCCAUUACAGAGAAUCUCAAAAAGAGGUUCAUGGACGACUGCAUUUAUACUUACAUAGGACCCGUAUUAGUGUCUGUGAACCCAUUCAAGCAGCUGCCCAUCUACGGAGACAAGGAGAUCGAGCUGUACCAAGGAGCUGCCCAGUAUGAAAACCCACCGCAUGUGUAUGCCCUGUCAGAUGAUAUGUACAGAAACAUGCUCAUUGAAAUGGAAAAGCAAUGUGUCAUCAUCAGUGGAGAAAGUGGAGCAGGUAAAACUGUUGCUGCCAAAUUCAUAAUGGGGUAUAUAGCCAAGAUAUCUGGAGGCGGCCCCACUGUGCAGAGGGUGAAGGACAUCAUACUGGAGUCUAACCCAUUGUUAGAAGCAUUUGGCAAUGCUAAAACAGUCCGCAACAACAACUCCAGCAGAUUUGGAAAAUAUGUUGAAAUCCAGUUCAGUAGAGGUGGAGAACCUAUUGGAGGGCAGAUCUCAAACUUCUUACUAGAAAAGUCCCGUGUUGUGAGCCAGAAUCCAAAUGAAAGAAGUUUCCAUAUAUUUUAUCAGCUAUGUGCUGGAGCAGAUGCCACAAUGAAAGAAAACAUGGGCAUAACCAACCCAGAAUACUACAACUACAUCAAUCAGAGUGGGACUUUCAAAGUGGACGGCACAGAUGAUGCCAAGGAAUUCAACGACACAAUGCAUGCCAUGAAUGUGAUUGGGAUAAGUCAGGGGGACCAGGAGGACAUCCUCAGUAUUGUGUCAGGUGUGCUUCACCUGGGCUCUGUCAGCUUCGUGGAGAGUGGCAACUACGCUGCUGUAUCUAAUGAGCAAUUCUUGGACUUUCCUGCCUACCUGUUUUCAAUUGAUGCGGGUUUGUUAAAGACAAAGCUGACGAGCCGUGUGAUGGACAGCAAAUGGGGAGGAAAACAGGAAAGCAUCAAUGUGACGCUAAAUGUGGAACAGGCAGUGUACACCCGCGAUGCCCUGGCUAAAGCACUCUACACUCGUGUCUUCGAUUUCCUAGUUCAGGCAAUCAACAAGGCUAUGAGAACAGAUGGAGCCCCAGUCAGUAUUGGAAUCCUGGACAUUUACGGAUUUGAAAUCUUCUCGAAGAACGGCUUUGAACAGUUCUGUAUUAACUAUGUCAAUGAGAAACUCCAGCAGAUAUUUAUUGAGUUGACGCUCAAAGCAGAACAGGAGGAAUAUGUGAAGGAAGGGAUCAAAUGGACGCCUAUAGAUUACUUCAACAACAAGAUAGUCUGUGAUCUAAUAGAGAGUAAAAGCCCACCCGGGGUAAUGUGUGUGCUGGAUGAUGUCUGUGCCACCAUGCACGCCGUCUCUGAGGGGGCAGACCAAAAACUACUUCAGAAACUCAAUAGUGCUGUGGGAACUCAUCAGCACUUCAGUGGUUCUAACAUAGGCUUUGUCGUCCAUCACUAUGCAGGAAAGGUGUGCUAUGAUGCAGAUGGGUUCUGUGAUCGUAACAGAGAUGUUCUAUUUAAUGAUCUCAUACAGUUAAUGCAAAACUCUUACAGUAACUUUAUACGGGCGCUGUUCCCGGAGGAUGUCAGUAGUGCAAUAAAGGGUCCAACUGCCAGUAGUAAGAUCAAGAACCAAGCCAACAAGCUGGUCCACAGCACUGAUGGAGUGCACCCCUCAUAUAUCAGGUGCAUCAAGCCUAAUGAGACCAAGAGAGCUCAUGACUGGGAAGACAACAGAGUAAAGCAUCAGGUGGAAUACCUGGGUCUUAAGGAGAACAUCAGGGUGAGACGGGCAGGGUUUGCCUACAGAAGAGAGUUUGAGAAAUUCCUCAGAAGGUAUGCCAUCCUGACCCCCGAGACUUGGCCUAUGUGGAGAGGAGAACCCAGACAGGGGAUCAGUCAUCUCAUGAACUCGGUUAACAUGGAUCGUGAUCAGUUCCAACUCGGCAGAACCAAAGUCUUCAUCAAAAACCCAGAAUCUCUGUUUUUAUUAGAGGAAGUGAGAGAGAGAAAGUUUGAUGGCUAUGCCCGAAUCAUUCAGAAAGCCUACAGGAAGUACUAUGCUAGGAAGCAGUAUUUCAAGAUGAGAGAAGAAGCCUCAAGCAUUGUGUUUAACAAGAAGGAAAGGCGACGGUUCAGUUUGAACAGGAACUUUGUGGGGGAUUACAUCGGCCUGGAGGAUAACCCUGCGCUGAGAGCCCUGGUGGGCAAGAGAGAGAGGAUUGACUUUGCUGAUACAGUCAACAAAUAUGACAGGAGGUUUAAGAGUGCAAAGAGAGACAUGUUGUUAACACCAAAGUUCCUGUAUUUGGUGGGAAGAGAGAUGGUGAAGAAAGGUCCGGAGAAAGGUCUGAUGAAGGAAGUGGUCAAAAGGCAAAUUCCCAUGGAAGCUAUUUCUCAUUUAUCUCUGAGUUCACUCCAGGAUGAUUUCUUCGCCCUACAUGUGCAGGGUGAAUAUGACAGUCUGCUCGAGUGUUAUUUUAAGACGGAGUUCCUCUCCACUCUCUCUAAGAGAUAUAAGGAGAAAACUGGCAAAGUCCUUCCUCUCAAGUUUGGAGACAUUGUGGAGUUUUCAGUGAAGAAGGAAGGGUGGGGUGGAGGCGGCACUCGCCAGGUACGCUUCAUGAGGGGCCAGGGAGACCAGGCUGUGCUCAAACCUUCAGGCAAAACUCUCUCUGUCAGUAUAGGGCCAGGCUUACCCAAAGAUUCCAAACCAGGUAAUAAAGGCCGUCCAGCAGCUAACGGGGCAUCUCAGGGCAGACGACGUCCUGCUCCCUCAGGGUUCCGGCCUGCCCACAGGCCUGCACCUGGCAGACCACCGGCCAACCUGGGACGACCGCCUAGCCCUACCAUCUCCGUGAACUACAGUACUGUGAACAAAAAUAAAGCCAACAGUGGUCCGCAGCUUGGGAUUGCUCCCCAUGGUAUCAGGACUGGUGAAAAAGCUCCUGCACUUCCCAAAUUCGGACCACCUAAAACAACAUACAACAGAGGGUUGAACAACAACAACGACUUCCUGAAAACUCCUGAUGCGGGAGUUGCAGGAAAGAAGCGGCGGAACUCUGGUUCCAAGAGGCCUAACCCAGGCGGAGGUCGACCUAAACCAGCUGCUAAACCCCGCCCUGCUGGGCCCCAGUGUAGAUGUCUGUAUGCCUAUGACGCAGGGGAUACAGACGAGCUCAGCUUCAAGGAGGGAGAUUUGAUUGAACUUACAACUGAAGAUCCUUCUGGUUGGUGGACAGGGAAAUUAAGAGGGAAGACCGGGCUGUUUCCAUCAAACUAUGUGGAAAAAUUAUUUGUACAUUAAUUAAUUACCUCCCUCUUGACAAAAGUGGUACCAUCCAUGUGUGACGAGACCUACAUUUUCAUAUUAAUUUUAAUAUCAUGGAUGAAUCCAGUAUGAUGAGAAAGGGGGUAACGUGGACUUACUUCAAUGGAUUCACUGUGAAAUGCACAUUUGGUCGAUUUCAUGUGUAAACGGUGUCUAUGGAGCUUGUGGCUAUAACAUUGCUGAUGCUGAAAUGACAGCAGCAUUUUCUUAUUCAUCAAGUAUUGCCUUCAUCGUCUUGACGACAUGUCAGGAAAGCCAAAUAUUCCAUGAAAUUGUUUGCAGCUCAGUGAAAAAGGAUGUGAAUGUUGCAUUGUGUGUUUACAUCAGGGUGUAGAACUAACAGUGACUGCUGUAUCGUUGUGUUGUUGUGUUGUUGUGUUGUUGCCAGUGCUGGCAUAAAUCACUUCGAAGUUAGAUGCAUACUUGGAUCAAAUCAACUAUAUUAAUAUUUUUGGUGUAAAGCUUCAGAUCUGGGCUCAUAUCUCAGCCUUGAAAUAAAUUGUAACUGUUAGCAUUUUAAGUUUUAAUUUAUGUUUUCGAAAUCAUAAAUUGUAACAAAGUUUGUGACAGUUGCCUUCUUUGUGACACACGUUUUGCUUGUACAGCGUGUAGAAAAGUCAUUUUUGUUCCAGUUUGAUGUUAUAUGAAACACUUUUGAAAGAAAUCUUUCUUCUUACAGAAGAGGUGGAUGCUUAGGGAUGUUCUUCCCUAAUAGAUGUAAGGUAUAUCAGAAACCAAUAUGUUAACUUACAAGUAAGCACAUGUAUUAAACAGUACCCUGAUAACCUAAAGAAAAUGUUUGUAUAAAAGAGGCAGGACAGCGUUGUGUGCAUGUAUCUGUACAUAUAUUACAGAAUGCUGUCAUAUUUUACAUACAUUACAUCCAAGUAUUGUAUGAGGCAUAGAUGUGACAUAUUUUUCUCUAGAUAUUUUUUUAGAAAAUCAUCUUACAAAACUGGCUUUAAUUCUUUGAAAACAAUGAAUUGUACAUAAUGGGACGAGACUUUGAUUAACAUAUUGUAAUCUAAGUUAUUAUGUAGGAUAGCUUAACCUCACUUUUUGGUUUUUAAUCUGGUGUUUAGAAGUCAUUUCUUAUUUUUUGUGUGAUUGAAGUGGGGCAAACUUUUUUUUGUGGCAGAAUCAUGUAAGGCCAUACGGAGUUGCAGUACAAACAAAUCUGAAAAAUCGCAGAAAAGUCCAUUUUGUUCAUAUUAAAAUCUCCAGAUGAGAACCUAGAUCUGUUAUCAACAUGGAAGUACAUAACAUCUGAGGAUGUUUCUGCAUUGAUUUGAUCAAGAGAUUUUUAAAAAAUUUAUACAACACUGCAGGGUCAGUUUGUUUCUGAAGUCUAAAUUAGCAUUGCCAAGGAAAUAAAGGAAUGUGUGAGCUUGUUUAAUGUGUAAGCAGCCAUCUGAUUGUGUUGUAACAUAACAAUACAUAUACAAGCAGUUCUGUAGAAAAUUUAGAGUUAUUCAUGAAGUGAUGCACUGAUGAUGGCUGUUUAUCUGUCUGCAGAAUUAAAGGAUUUGUGCUUUCUUUGUUCUUGGAUCUCCAUGGAAUUUGUUGUAAAUGCCUGUGUUUUGGGGUUUUUUUUACCUGGGGAAAUUAUUGUUAUAUUGGAUUGUAGGUGGAUGCAAGUACGGGUUUGUGUAAGUAUAAGUAUAUUUGAGUUUGUCAGCAAAACAGUUUUACCCCUAUGUUGUCCAAUAAUUGAAGUCUUGCCUCUUGUAAAAUGGUGUCAGUGUGAGCCUCUGUUUCCUGUGGCACACAUUGGCGGACAAGAGGGCCUUUUCCAUGUACAGUAUGUAUCUACAUUUCUGCUGGAUUCACUCAUUCCGCCUCUACAUUUAUAUCGUAGUUUUAAAAACGCAGUGUUCUAGCCUUAACCCAGCUAUAUUGAUGGCCUUAAAAAGAUGGUGUCCAGCCUUAACCCAGCUGUUAAGAUAGCCCUGAAAACAUGGUGUCCCAGCCUUAACCAAGCUGUAAUGAAAGCUGUAGAAAUAUGGUGUUCCAGCCUUAACCAAGCUGUGAUAACUUUAAAGAUAUGGUAUACUGGCCUUAACCCAGCUGUAAUGAAAGCCUUAAAAACAAGGUGUUCCACCCUUAAACCAGCUGUAAUAUCCUUAAAAAUAUGGUGUCCUAGCCUUAAGUUAGCUGUUAUGACAGCCUUAAGAACAAGGUGUCCUAGCCUUAACCCAGCUGUAAUGAUAGCCUUAAAUAUAUAGUGUCAAGCCUUAACCCAGCUGUAAUGAUAGUCUUAAAUAUAUAGUGUCAAGCCUUAACCCAGCUGUAAUGAUAGUCUUAAAUAUAUAGUGUCAAGCCUUAACCCAGCUGUAAUGAUAGCCAUAAAGACAAGGUGUAUGUAUCAUCCAUGAAUAAAGCGAACAUGAAAUACCUGCGCCGUGUUUGAACACCUGAGUCUUGGAUGUUUAUGACUGGGGGUUUUGCCAUUAAAUGCAUUUAAAUUUAGAUGUUGUAAAAUUCAGUAAGAAGACUGGUCUCCCAUGUGCAUGUGGUCUUUUAAUCUCAAUAGUUAACAUCGAUGUACUAGAAACAAAACCAUUGACCAUUGCGUUGAGGUGUGCAUCAGAUCACAGAAGCAUUAAAUAUUCUAAUAUCUCAGUUUUUAAUUCAUGAUAUCCGAGCCUGCCUGAACAUAAUGCCGUUCUCUUAUUUUGUGGUAUUAAGUAGGGUCACCUCUCAGUCAAUAUCUACGUUUAAUUGUUAUUCCAUGACAGCUGUUUUUAUUUCUGUGAAUUUUCUAACCCACACAUGUCUAUUCCUUAUCUACAUGUACAUUCCUGUGUUCCCUUGUAACAGUAACAGAUACUAAACAUAUUUAUAGAUUUUUCUAGGGUUCAUUACCAGGUGAAAAAUUGUAUGAAUUGUUCUCUUGACUAAUUAUAUAAUUAAGCUAACAACAACAUGCUGUUUUAUUUUUUUAAUUGCAUGUACAUGUACUUUGGUUCUACUAUAGCCAUCAUUAUGUCAACGAUGUACAGCAUUCGUUUGUAAUGGUAUCUGUCUUGCAACUUAUUCAGAAUGUCAAGAACUUGUUAACUCUUUUAGUUAAGCACAGCUUAUUUUCCUCAGUGAUAAGAGAAUGCAGGUACGUGUAUGUCAUGCAAACGAAUAAAUGCGCCUCUUCAGGUUGUAAUCAAAAACAGUUCUAGGGAAUCAAUUCAUAGCUUCAUGCAGAUUGUAUGGCUUCCAGUUUGGACUCUUUUGGAGCCAUGCCUUUGCUGAAGAUAACAGAUGUGUGUUGACAAAGUCAGGAAACAUGCAUGCCAUUCCGUCCCUAAUAGUGACCACCAUGGAGAGCUGAGCUGGAGUCGAUUCCAUAUAGCCAUUUCUGACUUAAGUCAAACUUUGAAAUACGAUCUCAAAACUUAUUUUGGGGUUUUAGAAAUUAAGAUCUUGUAGACCUCAUCAGUAUGUUAUCUUAAGACAGAUGUUUCCAAAUUUCAGUACCAAAAACUAAGCAUGGUAGAGAGUUUUUAAAUUUUGGAGUUAGAAAGGGCUUUGUGGAAUCGACCCCAGGUGACCUCUGUGGUCCAAAGCCAAAGUCUCUUAACAGUUGCCUUGUCUGUAAAGUGGACAGGACUCUUUAUCGUGGAAUUUCCAGAACGAAUUUGACACACACAGAAUAAUGAAGAAUUAGAACUUCUGUUUUUGUACAAAAUGUGCUAUGGUUGAUUAUUGUUAAGGUUAAAGAGUAUCAAGCUUGAGGAUAAUAAGUCUGAGAGCUCACUUUGUUUUGUUAUAUAAUUUUUUUGCUUCUGAAUUGUCUGUAAAAUUGUGGAAUGAGAGUAAAGAAUCUUUAGUACAGUGUAUUUUAACAAAUUACUUGUAACUGUUUUAAUGAACAGAAUGUGAAAUACUGACAGCAGUGAAAAAUGCACUUCACUGUGAUACUACAGCCCCUGCCACUACAUUGUCCAGUAGCGGUACGUCCACUAUGGGGUGAUCUGUACUGUGAUGUUAGGAUACUGACUGCCAUCCAGACACCAGAUUUGAUGCGCUAUAUUAUCAUCAGCAUUCCAAGGCAAGUUUUGUCUGCGUUUUUUUUAGAUAUCUUUAGACGAAAGAUGAUACCUAGUAAUUGAAAGGUGCUACAAAUACAUGUUGGUGUAUGUAUGUGGUUAAAUGGCUUCAAUAUGCAUCAUUUGCAUUACUCUAGUUCACAGUAUUGUAGAUCUGUCAGCAACCUGCGGAUGGUCAUGGGAUUCCCUUGUGAUUUGCUCCCACGACAAUGCUGGCCUCUGUUGUAUAAAUGAAAUAAUCUUGAGUGCAGCGUACAGUCCUUAUCAAAUAAACCACUAUACUUUGUGCCAACAGACAAUGAUUCCACCUUAAAGGCUGUGGGUAGUCUUUAGUAUAGAUAUUGUCACAGGUUGUGGAAGUUUAUGAGUGUGGACAGAGCAGAAGGCUGACAAAACACAAAACACUUGAAAAUUUGAAGAUAGUUCAUUCAACAAAUGUGACUGACUGUACAUGCAGGAUUCACUCCAACUGUACAAAUGACUAUGCGUGUAAAUUCUGCAGAUGAGAGCAACUUCCAAAAAUGGAGUUUUUCUUAUCUUUAUACAAACUCAGCUGUCUCAACAUACCAGUUUACGUUUUUUUUCUGUGACAUUUUCUUUACUAUUUAUACAUUAUGCUUGUGUUACCAGCUCAUGCUCUUCAGCUUUUGUAUCAUUACUCGUUGACUUUCCCAUACAUGAUUUCACAGAUCAAAGGCUUUUUCCACUUUGUAGCAAUAAAUAUGGUGUGGCUUUUACAUUUUUAUCAUGUGUAGUUUGUAUGCCAGUCUUGUUAGUUAUUUUCAGAAUUUUGACAUCACUGUACAUUCAUGUAUUGUUAUUGUUUUCUCGGGCUGCCUUGAGUGUUUUUGUGUGACUAUGCAAUUGAUUUUGACAAUGUUUGUUACUGGUGUAGACAUAACAUUCCAGUGUACGUGCCAGAAGCCUAUAAAGAACAAAGCUGUUUUACAGAAAGGUUGUAGAUGGGUAUAUUUACAAAUACAUGAUAUAUAUAUAUAAAUAUAUAUACAUUGAUUCAUUGAUCUGAACCUACAUAUAAUCAUACCUGAUCAACUGAAAUUGAUAAGAAUUAGUGAAUGACAACAUGGGUCUAAUUGCUUUCUGGGUAAGCGUCUAAGAUGUAUUUGAGGAAAAGUUUUGAAAUCUUUGUAAAAUCACCCGAAGUACAUGUAGAAGCAAUUUCUGACAAUAAAGUACAUACAUAUAUAUGUCUCCUUAAUAAUCAUGUUGGUUAAUUUGGGAAAUGAUCAUACUUGGUAAGUAGCAUUGCAGUUGUUUACACAAAGAUGAAGAUUUCACCCAUCACGUCAUAUGCCAACACUGGUUUUGCACUUAUGUGGAAGCAGUCUCUUGUGUUGACAGAAUUACAUGUGAAAGACCUUUGUUCAUUGUAGACUGCUGGCAUCAUUUGUUAAUUUAGAAUCAGCUUAUAAAUUUGUUACAUCUAUUUUAUAGUAGGAGGCUUUUCUCUGUAGUGCAUAUAUACAUGAUAUUAUGUAGCAUUGGCAUAUGUACAAUAAUGAAAACAAUAAAUUCCCCUUUA